UCCAUGCAAUAAAAAAACUUGCCCUUGUAUUUCUUUACCUGCUCAUUGGAAUCCUGCUGACUGUGGCCCUUGUAUUGUAAUCGUUGAUGAAAAAAAAUUAAUCGUUAAACAUUCCGGUCCGGGUACUGAUCCAAUAGAACCUGUUUCAAUUCGUGCAGACCAUCAUAUUCCACCCGAA